GUGGCAGUUUUCUUUCACAGACUAUCCACAUUGAUUUUCUCGGUGGGAUAAUCAGUUUCUUCUUCAUCUCUUGUAACGACAUUCAAUAUUUCAAUACUAAAGUAUUCGGAUUCUAUUCUGCGACAAAUAAUACAUCAUAAUUCACCAUAGCAACAAUGUCGAGUGAAAGCAACACAUCUGAUUCAGAAGCUUCAAGCUGGUAUGACGUGUCUUCCUCUGAGGAGGAUGAAGAAGUAGGAAGCCUAUCAACAAGUGAACCCGCUAUUGAGAGCCACAAUGAUGAGAAUGCCAUGGCGUUGACUGUUCAUUCCAUCUCUGGAAGCAUCAGUGCUGCAGAAGUGACUCAAUCAAACUCUUCUAACGCAAUCAUUUCACCCGAAACCUCAAUCGCAACCUUGAAAGAAUUUCACUCCUUCAGUCGAUUUCCUCCAGAGCUACAGAAAAUGAUCUUCAAGCACGCACUGCCUGUUUCUGGCCCACUUCUAUUGAGGUUUGAGAUCUAUGUUGAUGAGGUUCCUGCUCUGAUUUCCCAGAAUAAGAGAACAGGAGAGAGAAACUACUCAGAUACAGAUUUCACGAUCACAACCUUUGCCUUUAGUGCCAAAUCCCCCCCUCUGCUGCCACUUUUGCUAGCAUGCAAUACUUCCAGCGAAGCUGUAUCAAGCGGCGGUUAUGAAAGAAUUGUGGUCUCCUUUCCAGGCAACGACAAUCGACAGAACAACUAUGCUUUGAAGGAAAAUCCUCACUUGAACAUCGAAUACCUUACAUUACCUCCUCCGCAGCGAAACCAUACUUGGAUGCGUCCUGCUAAAGAUAUACUAGUGGUUUAUGCAAAAGAUUUCGUGAUGCUGUAUAAGCAUGGCGGCUCCAUGAAUCUUUCUAAUAUUACACAUUUGGCCGUACAGAACUUGUUGGGAAGAAAAGUCUCAACUCGGAUUCUCUGGAAAUGGGUCUUUGUUAUUGCAGAAAAGCACUGUCCGGCCUUGAAGAAACUCAGUCUUCUUGUCGGCAUCGACGUUACAGACAAUGAUUAUGAUGAUGAAGAAACCAUUGAAGAUGAUACACAUAACAUAAUUGUUGAUGUUGACGAGAAGUUCUAUCGACUCGAUUUUCACGAUGAAUCGGAUGAUGAACGCACUGUGAAAGAUGGUGAACGAUUUGGAAUUGAGGAGCUAUUUAUGAGCAACAGGAGAGCUGUUGAGCUAAGAGACACAUCGACUGUACUAGCAGAGUAUCUGAGUGAAAAUAUUGGCAACGAAGACAAAGCUAUGUAUUGGAAGAACGUCAAAGUCCUCCCUGGCUUCCGAGCUAGACCCAAUCACAUGGAAAAUGCAACGAAAAUCAUGGGUGUGGACGCGUGGGUACCUCAGGAUGCCAACGGACAGCUAAUGUGCAGACCUAACGAAUUGUCUGGUAGCUAGAAAUUCUGCGAAAUCAUGAAAGUGGUGGUAUGCUAGACCAAAUAUUUGGCA